ACGCGAUGUUAUUAAACAAGCUGUUUCCAUUAAGGCAAAUUAAGCCACAUCCAUCACCGCUAUCAGAGAAUCAUUUUUGUGGAUAUAAUCACCAACCUGUCAGUUGGACGUCUUAAUGAAACCUUAUUUGCUGUGCAAACUCGCCAUUGUAUCCUGUGCUCCUGCUUGCGGCGUAUAACAUGGAAUGUUUCUCCAAAGUGAUCGUGCUCUACCAAAUUCUGGCACUGCAAUGGUUCAGUCCUAAGCGGCACCGAACCUUCGACUGUGAAUCGCUGUUUUUCAUUACGCUAAACUUUUGCAUUAUUACGGGGCUCUUCUGUUGGAUCUAUCAGCACCAAUCGUUGGUGAUUUAUUCCGACAACGCGCUAGGAUAUGUGGUAGAUUUUUUCAAAUUUCUGCUCAUGGUUUUUACCUACUACUCACUUUUUCUCGAGAGUGGCUACCAGCGCGGCGUGCUGUAUAAAGUUUGGGACGAGCUGGAACGACUGCACAACAUUUUCCCGAGCGCGAAGUGGGCUCUACUGCCCCAGGCACACCUGCGUACGGUUGCACUGUUUGUCGUGUAUAUGUCAUGGUGGGAGCUUACGUAUGCGUACUGGAUAACAAAGUCAGCUCGCAGUUCCAACUUUACCAUCUUGUUCUGGGUGCUGUUUCUGUUGCUACAUCUGCGACAGCUACAAAUCCUGCUCUAUACCAAUGUGUUGGGCUUUUGUCUGAAGGCAAUAAACAGUGAGCUAGCAUGGACGAUCGAGCUAAGCAAUGGGGCCAGCCGGUACGGGGGUCGUCGAAGUGAUGGACAAAUUUGUGGCUAUUUGCGCAAGCUAAUGGAAGGAUUUGCACGAGUCGAGCGGUUGCUCGAGUUACUUAACCAAGCGUUCGGCUACUCAUUGGCCAUUAUAAAGCUGAUCAAUAACAUCUACAUACUAACGGACACGUACUGGAUUGUUCAUGGGUUUAUGAGCGGCAAAGUGUUUGACUCAGUGUGUAAGUAGCGUGCAAAACAAGUUUAAGACAAAACAAGU